AUGGCAGCACCGCCUCCGCCGUAUGCACAACACGUAGCACCACCCUACAAUCAGGGACAGUACCCACCACAGGGCCAGUACCCACAGGGAACCCAGGCCCCAGUUGUUGUGAUAGCUGCUCAGCCGCCAUACUUCGGAAGAUACCCUGUAAACAUGACCUGUGGAAACUGCCAAGCUCAGAUUCAGACGCAAGUGCGUUACGAAACUGGAGUGCUUACCUGGAUAAUUUGUUUGGCUCUUUUCUUCUUCACAUUCUUCUGUUUCUUCAUCCCCUUCCUAGUGGACGCCUGUAAAGACGCUACAGGGCCAGUACCCACCACAGGGCCAGUACCCGUCGCAGAGCCAGUACCCACCACAGGGCCAGUACCCACCACAGGGCCAGUACCCGCCGCAGAGCCAGUACCCACCACAGGGCCAGUACCCGCCGCAGAGCCAGUACCCACCACAGGGCCAGUACCCACCACAGGGCCAGUACCCGCCGCAGAGCCAGUACCCACCACAGGGCCAGUACCCGCCGCAGAGCCAGUACCCACCACAGGGCCAGUACCCACCACAGGGCCAGUACCCGCCGCAGAGCCAGUACCCACCACAGGGCCAGUACCCGCCGCAAAGCCAGUACCCACCACAGGGCCAGUACCCGCCGUGCAGGGCCAGUACCCACCACAGGUCUAG